GCAAAUAUCCCCACCCUUUUCUCUAAACAGGAAGCUUGAAACAGUUAGCUAGCAAGCUAGCUGUCAACAACAAAGGACAGUAUUGCCCAAAUUCAGCUGAUCUGGCUGUUGGCUGUUUUGCCUUCUUGCUUUCGACUAAACUGCAACAUUUUAUAUUGAGAGUUAAAGAUCCAAAAUGUCAACAACUGCUCAACUGUUUGAGGAGCCCUUUGAUGCAGAUGAAUACAUAGAGAGGCUAGCCUGGAGAACUCCAGGUGGAGGUUCCAAAGGUGGCGCCGAGGCCUUCGAUCCCAAGAGGCUUCUGGAGGAGUUUGAGAACCACAUCGAGGAGCUGAAGCAUCUGGAUGAGAAGAUCCAGCGGAGGGUGGAGAAACUGGAGCACCAGUGCCACCGGGAAGCCAAGGAGUUCGCCCACAAAGUGCAGGACUUGCAGAGAAGCAACCAGGUUGCCUUUCAACACUUCCAGGAGCUGGACGAGCACAUCAGCUAUGUGGCCACCAAGGUGUGUCACCUGGGCGACCAGCUGGAAGGGGUGAACACUCCCAGACAGAGGGCUGUGGAGGCCCAGCGCCUCAUGACCUACUUUAACGAGUUCCUGGACGGGGAGCUACGCAGCGAUGUGUUCAACAACCCAGAGAAGAUUAAGGAGGCAGCUGAUAUCAUUCAGAAGCUGCAUCUCAUUGCCCAGGAGCUGCCGUUCGACAGGUUUGCAGACGUCAAAGCCAAGAUAGCAAGUAAGUACCAUGACCUGGAGCGUCAGCUGAUCCAGGACUUCACGGCGGCCCAGCGUCGGGGUGAGAUCGGGCGCAUGCGGGAGGUGGCUGCCGUCCUCCUCCACUUCAAGGGCUACGCUCACUGUGUGGAUGUCUACAUCAAGCAAUGUCAGGAGGGGGCCUACACGAGGGGGGAUGUAUUUGAGGACACGGCUCAGCUGUGCCAGCAGGUCAACAAGCAGGUGGGGGAGGUGUUCUCUAGCCCGGAGACCGUCAUGGCCAAACUCAUCCAGAACAUAUUUGAGAACAAACUGCAGACCCAUGUGAGGAACAAACUGGACGAGACUCGUCACUCUGACGUAGAACAAUACCUCAAGAAUCUCUACGACCUCUACACCAGAACCACAGCCUUGGCUGCCAAGCUGACGGAGUUCAACCUGGGUUCAGACAAGCACACGUUCCUGUCCAAACUGAUCAAGAGCAUCUUCUCCUCCUACCUGGAGAGCUACAUCGACAUGGAGAGGGAGAACCUGCGGAGCCGCAGUUCCUUGAUCCUGCAGCGCUACUACGACUCCAAGAACCACCAGAAACGCCCCCUGGGCACUGGCAGUAUCCAGGAGCUGAAGGAGAGGAUCAGGCAGCGCACCAACCUUCCGCUGGGCCCCAGCAUCGACACCCACGGAGAGACGUUCCUGUCCCAGGAGGUGGUGGUCAACCUGCUUCAGGAGACGCGCCACGCCUUCGAGAGGUGCAACAGGCUGUCCGACCCCUCAGACCUACCUAAGAAUGCCUUCUCCAUCUUCCUGCUGCUGGUGGAGCACCUGUGUGUGGACCACAUCGACUACGCCCUGGAGAUCGGCCUCUCAGCCAUCCCAUCAUCAGAUGCCAAGAACGCCAACCUGUACUUCCUGGAUGUGGUUCAGCAAGCCAACACCAUCUUCCAUCUGUUUGACAAGCAGUUCAACGACCAGCUCAUGCCCCUGACCAGCUCCUCCCCAAAACUGACUGAGUGCCUGCAGAAGAAGAAGGAAGUGAUUGAGCAGAUGGAAGUGAAGCUGGACACAGGAAUAGACAGGACGCUGAACUGCAUGGUGGGCCAGAUGAAGCAUAUCCUGUCGACAGACCAGAAGAAGACAGACUUCAGACCGGAGGAUGAGAACAACGUCAUGAUCCAGUACACCACGGCGUGCUCCAAGGUGGGCGCCUACGUGAGCCGGCAGGUGGAGCGCAUCAGGAAGUCGAUGGACGGGAAGAACGUAGACACUGUGCUGACGGAGCUGGGCAUCCGCUUCCACCGCCUGGUCCACGAGCACCUGCAGCAAUACAGCUACAGCUCCAUGGGGGGCAUGCUGGCCAUCUGCGACGUGGCAGAGUACCGCCGCUGUGCCAAGGACUUCCGGGUUCCCCUGGUCCUGCAGCUGUUCGACACCCUCCACGCGCUCUGCAACCUCCUGGUGGUCGCCCCCGACAACCUCAAACAGGUUUGCUCUGGGGAGCAGCUGACCAGCCUGGACAGGAACCUGCUGCACGCCUUCGUCCAGCUCAGAGUGGACUACCGCUCAUCCCGGCUGGCACGCCACUUUAGCUAGCGACCCUUCCUGAUGAUCCCCCUCCGUCCGUCCAAUCAUGCCACCUCCCUGGCUUUUUAGAAGGCUCGGCCCGGAGAGAUCCUUGCUCUGGAGAACGCACCUUCCAGACAAUGCACAGGAUGGUCUCUUCUGGGUCACGCCUGCCCCGGCUCAAGCAGAUGCACAUACCCACUGGCUUUGCCCACCUUUUGAGGCUGUGAUCAGUCCAUCUGCGUUGGAGAUACUUGCGUUUUUACUUUAGAUUUCUUUGCCGCGAUGUCCAAAACAUGUAUGGGACUGAUCCCUCUUGUUUUCUAAACACUAAUACCCCAAUCCACUGUAGAGGUUUGGCAUAGGCCUAUUACAGAUAAACAGACUUUGAUUCCCGAGCUUUCGACAGUCACUUAAAGGGAAAUUUUUUGUUUUGAAUGUGCCAAAUAUAUAUGUAAAGAUAUCUAGUGGCUGCAUUUGUGCACAGGGCGAACUGUGACACUGUUAAGUUGUGGUUCAGCUCCUAAAUCUCAGGCCUGGUUAGAGGAGAGCAGAGUACUGGGAACCAAACACACCCUUAAGGAGGAUCUCCCACCCUGACCUAGCCUGAGCCGUGUCUCUCUGGCUGAGAAAAACACAUGACCGCUUCCCCUGACCUCUGACCUCUGGCUUGUGACUUCACAAGCAGGGGUCAGGGGUCAGGUCCGCGGGCGGCGACCCAGACUGGGGUCAGGUGUGGGAACCUGUCAGGGGUUAGGGUGGUCCGCAGCUAGCUGAGGUGACGGGGGCCACAGGUCAGUGAGAACGUGUCACUGUAAUUGCACAGAUCAACACCCUACUCAUCCGGCAAGGCUGACGUUCUGUGAUCGUCAUUGUGGACUGGAUCAGUGUUUCUGGGUCAGGGCUUAGUCAGGCACUUGGCCUCACAGGGCUGAUGGAGUGGUUAAGAUCACCGUGUUUCCUUGGUGACAGUGUACUGAUGUUGCUAGACCUUACCUGAAGCUCUCUGUUCUACUAAACUGUUCCCAGUCCAUCACUCUAGCUUAAUCAUCUAUUCAAUUAAAAAUAUGUUGUUUUAUCAUU